CAUGAUCUUUAAUCACUUUGAAAAUUUUUAAUAUAUAUUAUCAGGUGCCAACAAAAUAAGAAGAAAAAUGCUCACAUCAGAAUGAAAAUAUCUGAACUCAUUUUUGAGCAUGUCCACAUCUUUUGUGUGCUCACUUUUCCACCUCAAAAGUCCUCUAAAAUCAAGUACACCAACCCAUUGGAGGCCCUUAAAUCCAAUUGUCUACCUUUCACCCUUAUUUCCUGAAGGCAACAAAUAAAAAAAACUAAUUGAAAGCCCAGCACCCUCUUCCAAAAAUCAACCCAUCAAAGCCACACAAUUUUAAGACCACAAGCUAUGAUGAAACGUUUGUAAAUCGAAAACCAUACAAAGCCAACACUUGGUGACGUGCACAUCAAUUCCCCACCCAUUUUUACACCAAGCAGAUUUUGAACUAUAUAUUUAACCCUAUCAAACUCCCCCCGUUUUGCACACUGUCAUCACCGUCAUCAUCAGUGCAACAAGAUUUACCUAGCUAGCUGCAAACACAACAUGUCUAGUACUACUCUCAAUCCCCGGAACUAUAAUCCUUCGAAAGCCAUCGUCGUCCGCCGGGUUCCUACCUUUUCCUUCAAGCCUAGCAAUAAGUCUAGUUUAGGACAUGAAGAUGAUGAUCAAGUCAUGUUGUUGCAUGACAAGUCUAAUCAUAACAAGGCUGCAGGAUGCAAGUUAGGAGAUAGUUGCAAUAAUAAUAUUGUGUUAAAAGCGUCAGUUUUGGUUCCUAGAGGUCAUGGUAGUGAUGGAAAUGAGGUUGAAGCAUUGCAAAAGGAAUCGGGACGUGAAAGGCUCAAAAGACACCGAGAAGAGGUAGCAGGUAGGGUUACGAUACCAGAUAAAUGGGGUAAAGAGGAGUUGCUUAAAGACUGGAUUGAUUAUUCUUCCUUUGAUUCAUUGUUAGCUCCCAAUGGACUUGCUUCAGCUCGAAAAGCUCUUAUGGCAGAGCGAAGAAGGACGAGUACUCAACCAUUAAGGAUAGGAAGUAUUUGUUGAAGAAUUAAUGUUAAUUUUCUGAUAUAUAUUAUAGUAGUAAGACCUUUUAUCUGUUCGAGUGCGGUUUCUUGAUCUUAAUUCUGUAAUUCUCAUUAACUCGUCUCUAUUUUUAGGCAAUAUAUGAAGUAGAGACAUAGAAAUAUAUGUAUGCAAUGCAUUGAUGCUGAGAUUUGAUUAUUGAGUGA